UGCACUCUGGCUGGGUGAGAGUGAGACUCCAUCUUAAAAAGUUUUCUGUGUCAUUUUAUGGUGUGGAAUCAAAGUUCCAUUUUGUAAGAAACUGAAACUUUGAAAUGAUUAGUUCCUUAUGAGUCAUUGAAGAAAGAGUGAAUCCUGUCGGGUGCUGUGGCAGAGGGGGACACGUGUCAGUGGCUUUGCCCACCUGUUAGGGCCACCAAGCCGUGUCACCCAGACCCUCGCCACACUCAGAAAUGACUUGGCUUCACUGGUGACGUGCGGUGACACUGCAGAAUCCACAGCGCCCUGAGCCCUUUGCUUCUAGGACAGUGUUAGGCGGAAACACCGUCCACGGAGAACCGGAGUUCCCGGAGGUCUGGCUCCGUGACAGCGGCUGGGCCUCCAGGAGCCUGGGGUGGAACUGCCUCCACUUCCCCGCUGGGAACAGAAGAGCCUGGUGCCGGCUCCUGGCAGGGUUACUGCAGCUCACAGCUGGCUCUGUGGGGUCAUGUCCCCAAGGCUGCCAGGUGACGUCAGGGCAGCUGCCCAUUUCCCAGGGGCUGGGGUUGUCGGGCAGAGAACCCGGCCGGGCUCUGCCUCCGCUUAUCGCCCAAGGUCCCUGGGUAACAGGGAGGGUGGGCUCAGGCCUCCCUGGCUGGGCGGGGCUGGGGGUCCCCCCGGGAGGUAGAAAGGGCCCCGCAGCUGGCAGGCCCCACACCUUCUGAGGCAGCGGCAUGGCUUUCCCCUGGCUCCUCUCCUGCUUCGCCCUGGUGGGGGCCGCCUUUGGCUGCGGGGUCCCUGCCAUCCCCCCCGUGCUCAGUGGCCUGUCCAGGAUCGUCAAUGGGGAGGACGCCGUCCCUGGCUCCUGGCCCUGGCAGGUGUCCCUGCAGGACAAAACCGGCUUCCACUUCUGCGGAGGUUCCCUCAUCAGCGAGGACUGGGUGGUCACCGCCGCCCACUGCGGGGUCAGGACCUCUGACGUGGUCGUGGCUGGGGAGUUUGACCAGGGCUCUGAUGAGGAGAACAUCCAGGUCCUGAAGAUCGCCAAGGUCUUCAAGAACCCCAGCUUCAGCAUUUUCACCGUGCGCAGUGACAUCACCCUGCUGAAGCUGGCCACACCCGCCGUCUUCUCCCAGACGGUGUCCGCCGUGUGCCUGCCCAGCGCCGACGAUGACUUCCCCACGGGGACAGUGUGCGUCACCACAGGCUGGGGCAAGACCAAGUACAACGCCAACAAGAUCCCUGACAAGCUGCAGCAGGUGGCCCUGCCCCUCCUGUCCAAUGCCCAAUGCAGGAAGUUCUGGGGCAGCAAGAUCACCGACGAGAUGAUCUGUGCCGGGGCCAGCGGCGUCUCCUCCUGCAAGGGUGACUCUGGAGGCCCUCUGGUCUGCCAGAAAGACGGAGCCUGGACCCUGGUGGGCAUCGUGUCCUGGGGCAGCCGCACCUGCUCUACCACCACACCCGCCGUGUACGCCCGUGUCACCAAGCUCAUACCCUGGGUGCAGAAGAUCCUGGCCGCCAACUGAGCCCGCAGCUCCUGCCACCUCUGCCCCAAGAGUUGCCAUUAAAUGCAUCUGUUUAGAA